AUGUCACCGGCUCGGUCCUGGCUGGCCGGACCAAAGCAGCCGACCAUGUGUUCGGCGAAACGCGAGCUGACGGAGAAUCGAGAUGUCGACGAUUUGGUCCCGCAGAUGCAACAACCCUUGGCGGAGCGAAACGCCGUACGUCCAGUCAUACUGACGCUUGCCGAUCGCCGGUCUCCGACUCUCUUUCACAGGAAGGGAAACUCCAAGAUCAAGGGCUGCGCUUCACCGUCGUCUACACCGCCGACCUGGCGACCAUCUCAUGAGUUAGUAAGCGGCGAUGGAAUACAAAGUCAACAGACAGAGACUAAAAGAGGGUAG